UUUUGGCUAAGAGAAGCAACCGGUCGCGUGCUGUUCUAUUGUGGGUGCGUUUUUGUCAGGACACAUUCAAAGUUGCGGAAGUCUCGAGAGUUGAAAGUUUUGUGGUUGUGUAAAUCCUUGCGGAAACAUUUGUUAGUGUUUUUUCUGUGACAGAAGUUGAAAACAUUUCUCUAGAUCUGGUUAGGGUUACUUUAUCGAUAAAAAAAUCCGUGUUUCAUUGAAUAUCAAGCAGAACGAAUUGAAGUAGGAUAUGUGUGUAGGAGUGUGAGUACGCGCAUAACGAAACUUUCACCUUGAACAUUCAUGGAGAAGAGAAGAAGAUGAUAUGAGAAGAUUUAAUUUAAAUCAACUCCAUCUAAUAAUCCAUUCUUGAUUCAAUAACAGUAGCAAUGAUUCUGAUCUGAUUGAUAUGAUACAACGGUUUCCAUUGAAAAUAAAACUUGAAUGCGCGGAAAAGUAAGUGUUGAAAGCGAUACAGCUCCCGUUACACAGUGGAGCAAUACGCAGUUCAAGUGUUGUGAUACAUAAUCUCAUGAAAUAGGCAUGAAGCUCAGGUGAGGUGUUGAGCAGUAAACUCAAGGAUAAUAAAAAUAAAUAACCCGAAAUAAAAAAACGAAAAGCUCGUUCCGAACGAAGCGCAAGUGAAAAUUAAUAUUUAAUUUCAUUUUUGGCGCCUUCCUGUGUUACUGUCCUUUUCUCUGGCUAUACACACAGCACCAAAAUAAAGGAACAUAUUCGCCAAUCAACAUUAUCGUAAUCGGAUUUCCCAAAUCGGCCCGGCAAGUAAUAGACUUUAUCCGACAACAACCCGGAAAUACGAAAAACCGCCAAAAUUUAUCCUCACGAGAUGGACUACUCCUACCUGAACCAGGCGGCGGCCGGAUUCGAUUCCAGCUGUCUCCAGGGAGGUAUGGAUCCGACGGGUCUCGGUAACAUGCCGUGUACAUACGGCGAUCUGACCUCUUGUAGUCAGAUGUCCCAGGCGGCUUAUCGGUAUACGGCCGCUGCGGCUUCGAUGGCCCGCUCGUACAAUCCCGUCGGUUCUGCCGUCGGUCCGGGAAACGUAAGCAUGAGUGCAUUGCACCAUGCGGCGGCAGCAGCUGCUCCCGGAAGCCAGUGUUCAGUAAUGGGAGGCAGAACCCAUCAAGAUGUACACCGAGCGUCGAUGUUUCAGACAUCGAUGAAUUUACAAUCGGGUCUACCGUACAAAGUUUACUCCGGUCAUGAUUCGGUCCUAGCGGAAAAGCGGAAACAACGUCGGAUACGAACCACAUUCACUUCAGCCCAGCUGAAGGAGUUGGAACGGGCCUUCCAGGAGACGCACUAUCCGGACAUUUAUACUCGUGAGGAGAUUGCCAUGAAGAUCGACCUUACGGAGGCAAGGGUUCAGGUUUGGUUCCAGAACCGACGGGCAAAAUUUCGAAAACAAGAAAGAAUCGCCCAGCAAAAGGUUUCCACUAAUAACAAUAAUAAUAGCAGUACCAGUAACAAUAACAACAACAACAAUGCAGAUUCAUCAUCGGUGAAGAGUGAACAGAAAUCAAGUGCCGGUAGUACGACCCCAAAAGACAUCAAACCUGGAUCUCCACUGUCGACGGUUUCCACCACACCAAACUCGAGUGCUUCCUCCCACCAGUCCAAUGGAGACAUUAAACCCAUCAACGGCAAACUCUCGGAUUCGGAUCUAAAUGUGGGUGGUGGUUUGCUGGGUAGUCAUGGAAGCGGAAGUCUGACGGUCAUCAAUAGCAGCAACAACAAUAACAACAAUAGUGGCAGCACAAACAAGUGGAGCACGUCCUGCAACUCACUACUGCAAAAUCACCACCAAAAGGCAGCCGCCAACCAUCUGAGCAUGAACCACAACUUGCAGAACCACCACCAUCAUGCGGUUGCCGCUCUGUCGUCGCCCUUUUCGUCACUAUUGGGAGCAGGUGGUGGGGCAGCUGGGUACCUGUUGGAUCCCCUCGGGGGGCUGAAUAAAACUACCGCCGCGAAUCAUUUGUUUUAAUUUUUUUAUUCCACUUGGUUGUACUUGAAGCGAUGUUGAUAAAUUUAAAUCUAUUCGAUUUUUAUUGAGCUUACAAGUAAAGAAAACAGGAUUAGGCUUUCGCGAAAUUACCCAUUAUAGCCAAUUUGACAUGGCACAACCGUAGAUCUAAUGAAAAUUCCAAUCAAUAUUUUUUGUGUUUCAAUUCAUACUCCGUUUUCUUUUCAGAAAUCACUCCUUUUAAAUACGAUUCGUUACAUUUUAAAAAUGAUCAAUGCACAUAUAUAAUGUAUUCAUGGUCUUUACAAAUAUAAUUAUAGACUUGACUGGAAUAAAUGACAAUUUUUUGAGUCGAAAUAAAAAACAGAAUAAUUUGGAAAUAGGUGCCGUUAAUUAACAGUAACAAUUAACAAGUAAUUAACAGUUUUUUCACCCAAUAUAUUUAUUGAGUAAGCUCAACUCAACUACAAACUGCAAAUUGAAUACUGUCCAGGAUGCCAACUAAUUAAAAUCCCUCCAGGUACGCUGGGAGUACGUCGUUUCCGAUAUACGAAAAUGCUCCAAUUAAUAGUCGAAAGUUUGUCAAACACACGUGUCAAAAUAAGAUUCUGAUGUCCGUCAACAGCUAACGAGUAUCACAUGUGAGUCAUCUAGAGCAACGGCUUUCACUACCCCACUACUAAUUAGUUCACAUCAACGAGAGUGAGUGUCCCUUUACAUCCUAUCUUCGCCUCAGUUCUUGCAGUGCAGAUGAAUCACGACUGAGUGGCAGAUCCGAACAUUGGAUGUAUGUCCAACAGAAGCGAAAAGAUUGCAUGAUCUAUUCGAAACAUUUCAGUAUACGGAUCGAAGGAUUAUGUUGUCCCAAUAUCAUACAAUCCUAUGAACAAUGAAAUGAAAGAUAAGUAUAUAGUGAUCAUAAGAAAAUUAAAACCAUAAUAAACAAGACAAGAUUUUCAAUCAAACUAGUCAAAAUCGUAGGAAAAGAGAAGCCUAAGAAUUAAUACCUAAUAUAUUACCAUAACCAAACUACGUGAAACUAGCAAACACGAAUGAAUUGAAAUGUAAUCCGCAUUGUUUGUAAACUGUAAAUAGACUUCAUGCAAGAAUAGUCUAGGGCAUGUACAUAAACUGAAUAAACAAAAAAUUGAAUAAAAAUUUCAUAAUAUGGCUAAA